AACUGUUGUGGUGUUGGGCGCGGACUCUGUGGCCUCGCGUACAACCAAACCAUUGGAUAUAAAAGUCGACUCCAAAUUCAAAACUUUUCAAUAGUUUUACAUUUGAUAGAAAUCCUGUCAAAACACAAACUUCUCAAUACAAUGGCCAACAAAUUCUUGAUUCUCGCCAUCGCAUUGGCGUUCAUCGUCGCCGUCUCCGCCAUCGGUGGUGUGAAAGACUGGGCCGGAAAUUACUAUGACUUGACUACUGGCCAGUACUCGAGCUCAUUGACCGGACGCGUGUACAACACUUAUGGCGCGCCCGCCGUCGUGGCCGCCGCGCCGUACGCUUACGCCGCCCCCUAUGCGGCGCCCCUUCACUACAGCAGUGCCUACGCCUAUGCGCCGCACUAUCCCCUGGCCUACAACCGACUACUCCUCAAGUAGACAAUCACUCACUAAGACAUCCGAUG